UUAGGGAGAAAGAAAUAGGACAGAGAGAGAGAUAUUACAAGCGGAGGUUUGUAGUAAAAGAAUCUAGUCCAAAGAAAAAGGAAAAAAAAGAAAGAAAGCUAGUACCAGAAUGAAAAGCUGAUACUAGUAUCAUCUCUCCGAUCAAGCUUGAUUUGUGGCUGCUGCUGAAAUCUCCAAAAUCGAAGUAGAAAAUGCGCGAGGAAGCCUCUCUCAAACAGUUGCAGUGCUUUAAUUUGAUUGUUGAAGAUUAGGAAGAUAGGGGUGGUGGCUGGAAUGGGACGUACAAGUAGACACUAGUGCAAUUACUAGUAGUAGACUCUUCAUCCGACAUUUCCAUGGCGUCUGCUGGCAGUUCCAGGUCUGUGAAUGGCUUCAAGAGUUCGUCGUCUAGUUCUGUUGACUGGCUUGGUAGGGAGAUGCUUGAGAUGCGAUUGAAGGACAAGUCGGAUCAGCAUCCCGAUGAUGAUAGAGAUAGUGAGCCUGAUAUAAUUGAUGGUGCUGGUGCUGAAACAGGACAUGUAAUACGCACCACCGUUGGUGGUCGAGGCGGUCAGUCUAGACAGACAGUGAGUUAUAUUUCAGAACAUGUGGUUGGCACUGGCUCGUUUGGGGUUGUCUUCCAGGCAAAAUGUAGAGAAACUGGAGAGAUUGUUGCUAUCAAGAAGGUUCUCCAAGACAAGCGUUACAAGAACCGAGAGUUACAGAUUAUGCAAAUGUUGGAUCAUCCAAACAUUGUUUCCCUAAAACAUUGCUUCUUUUCAACUAGUGACAAAGAAGAGGUUUACUUGAAUCUCGUACUUGAAUUUGUUCCCGAAACUGUUUACCGUAUUGCAAGGAACUAUAGCAGGAUCAACCAGCGAAUGCCUCUAAUAUAUGUUAAACUUUAUACCUACCAGAUCUGUCGGGCACUUGCUUAUAUACAUAAUGGCAUUGGCAUCUGUCACCGUGACAUCAAGCCUCAAAACUUACUUGUAAAUCCACACACACAUCAGCUGAAACUUUGUGACUUUGGGAGUGCAAAAGUCUUGGUAAAAGGAGAACCCAAUGUAUCUUAUAUCUGCUCAAGAUAUUAUCGUGCUCCAGAACUGAUAUUUGGUGCCACUGAGUACACAAGUGCUAUUGAUAUUUGGUCUACAGGUUGUGUGAUGGCUGAACUUCUUCUUGGACAGCCCCUGUUUCCUGGUGAAAGUGGAGUUGACCAACUAGUUGAGAUCAUUAAGGUUUUGGGAACUCCAACAAGGGAGGAGAUAAAGUGCAUGAAUCCAAACUAUACUGAAUUUAAGUUCCCACAGAUAAAGCCCCAUCCAUGGCAUAAGGUAUUCCAAAAACGCUUGCCCCCAGAAGCAGUAGAUCUUGUUUGUAGAUUUUUCCAGUAUUCGCCAAAUUUGCGAUGCACUGCUUUAGAAGCUUGCAUUCACCCUUUCUUUGAUGAAUUGAGAGACCCAAAUACACGCCUUCCUAAUGGCCGCCCUCUCCCUCCUCUGUUCAAUUUCAAAACCCAAGAGCUUCAAGGAAUUGCACCUGAUAUUGUGAAUCGACUUAUUCCAGAGCAUGCCGGUAAGCAGAACUUGUUUAUGGCUUUACAUACCUAGCGACUUCUGUGAGUGUAUUUACUCACCUUUACCAUCCCACAGUUCCUACUCCAAUAUGGUCUUGUAUCAUAUCGUUCUUAUAUUUGGUUACCUCGGUUGAUUGUGAGUAAUGGUGUUAAGAGAGUUGCUAGAAUAAAUUAGUAAAUCUGAGGCUUUAGUUUGAGGAUGGAGGUGGGUUUUGUAUACUUAUUUGAGGAUCGAUAUCUAUUCGUUACAUGUGUUUAUUGUGACACAUACAAAAUACUCAAGUACGAUAAGAACUUUGGUAUCAUUAUUACACUUAUUUUCACAUUUGC